AUGGUGGCCACAAGCCCUUCUGAGGGCCGCUGCAGGUCUCUGCAGGAGGCGCCUCACACUUGCACAGUUCAAGAGGUGCUAGAGUACCAUGAGACAUCAUUGGAAUCCGGUUUACCUGCUGAAGUCGUUGCGGAGCGCCUCGAGCGCUUCGGUCCAAAUGAAUUGCAACAUGAAGAAGGGAAGAGCCUUUUCCAGCUGAUCCUGGAGCAGUUCCAGGACCUCCUUGUCAGGAUUCUGUUGGCGGCCGCAGUCGUCAGUUUCGUGUUGGCAGUUGUGGAAGGUGGGGAAGGAGGUCUUGCGGCGUACGUGGAGCCACUUGUGAUUCUCAUCAUUCUCUUCCUCAACGCAGCCGUAGGAGUUUGGCAGGAGUCCAACGCGGAGAAAGCUCUUGUCGCUUUGAAGCAGUUGCAGCCGCAGCAGGCUCGCGUCUGCCGCUCAGGCACCUGGCGUUGUGUUUCAGCCGCGACGCUAGUGCCAGGUGACCUUGUGGACCUUCGUUGUGGGGACAAGGUGCCUGCGGACUGUCGCGUGGUGGAACUUAAGACGGCAUCUUUCAGGGUGGAGCAGAGUCAACUCACAGGCGAAAGCGUAGCCGUGCUUAAGGACGUGGAGGCGUUACCUGCAUCUAUGCGCGACUGCGAAAUUCAGUCCCAGCGUUGCCUGUGCUUCAGUAGCACGACUGUAGCGCGGGGAAGGGCCCUUGCAGUGGUGGUGAGGACCGGUAUGGCUACGCAAAUCGGGCUCAUUCAAGCCGCUGUGCAUGAGGCUGGGGAGUCGGAUGACACGCAGAGUCCGCUGCAGCAGAAACUUGACGAGUUUGGAGAAGCUCUUAGCAAGGUCAUCUGCGCCGUAUGUGUUGUUGUGUGGCUCAUCAACAUCGGACACUUCAGCGAUGCUGUGCACGGGAGCGCCUUGCGGGGGUGCAUAUAUUACUUCAAGAUCGCUGUGGCUUUGGCUGUGGCUGCCAUCCCUGAGGGUUUACCUGCCGUUAUCACGACCUGCUUGGCUUUGGGAACGCGGAAGAUGGCAAAAAAGAAUGCAAUUGUUAGGAGGCUGCAGAGUGUAGAGACACUCGGAUGCACAACCGUCAUCUGCUCAGACAAAACCGGCACUCUUACUACCAACGAAAUGACAUGCGUCAGAUUCUGCGUUGUCGGCCAGAGCAGCACAGAGGUCGACGUGUUCACUGUUGAUGGCACUGGCUUCUGCGCGACCGGCAGCGUGUCUCGUGAGAUGCGGGGCGGGGCGAAGGGCUCCCAGUCGCUGACUGGGCACCAGGCAGUCCUGUCUUGGCUUUGCCGUUGCGCAACCAUUUGCAAUGAAGCCCACUUGAAUGUCGCUCCGGGAUCGUCAGAAGGGAGCCACUACGAGCGCAUGGGUGAACCCACAGAAGCAGCACUUCUUGUUCUUGUCGAGAAGCUGGGGCUCUUCUCCGAUGAACAAAUCUCCCGAAGAGCAAACACGAAGCGCACAGCUGCGAAUCCGACUCCCUUCUGCGAUUAUUGGAAAGGCGAAUACAAGGAUUUGGCUACCUUGGAGUUCAGCCGGGACAGGAAAAGCAUGAGUGUUCUGUCUCGCAACAGCAAAACGAAGAGAAACGAGCUCUUUGUCAAGGGUGCGCCGGAAACUCUUCUAACAAGGUGCGAGACUAUGAUGCUCCCGAACGGCGACGUGGUGCCUAUGAGUGAAGCUGCACGAAAAGUGGUUCUGACGGACGUCGCUGGGAUGGCUCGGGGGGCUCUGCGCACUCUAGCAUUGGCUGUUCGUUUGGAUGCGGGGCCGCUUGCUGACUAUGGGGGAGAGACGACUCAGGCCUCGCGCAGCCUGCUCGAGGACCAGGCAGGAUACGCAGCCCUCGAGAGCAGCCUCUGCUUCAUCGGUGUCGUAGGGCUCUUCGACCCGCCGAGGCCAGAAGUGGGUAGCGCCAUCUUGCAGUGCAGAGAUGCCGGCAUAAGGGUUGUGAUGAUUACUGGCGACAACAAGGACACUGCGGAGGCGGUGGCUGAUCUGGUGCACAUUCGUGAAGGCUUCGAUAAGACGUUCCCGUCCUAUACUGGAAAGGAAUUUGAGGCACUUUCGGCGUCAGAAAAGAUGAGGGUUCUUUCUUCUCCGGGUGGCGCAAUCUUCUCUCGCACGGAGCCCAAACACAAACAGCUCAUAGUCAAGCUGCUUAAGGAGUUAGGGGAGACCACGGCAAUGACGGGCGACGGAGUCAACGAUGCGCCGGCCCUAAAACAAGCAGAUAUUGGCGUUGCUAUGGGCAUAGCAGGCACCGAAGUGGCAAAGGAAGCUUCAGACAUGGUCCUGGCGGACGACAACUUCAGCACGAUCGUCUCUGCAGUGGAAGAGGGCAGGUCUAUCUACAACAACAUGAAGGCGUUUAUUCGGUACUUGAUUAGCAGCAACAUUGGCGAGGUCGCUUCUAUCUUCAUGACCGCAGCUCUUGGGGUACCAGAGGGCCUGACUCCGGUGCAACUUCUGUGGGUGAACCUCGUGACAGACGGGCCUCCAGCUACUGCUCUCGGCUUCAACCCAGCGGAUGACGACGUGAUGAAACGACCUCCUCGUCACCGCGAUGACCGGUUGAUUAGCACUUGGAUCUUCCUGCGGUAUUUGCUGGUUGGGAUUUACGUUGGUUUUGCAACAGUGGGCAUCUUUGUGUGGUGGUAUGUCUUCGGGACAGACCCUGCAGAGCAGCACACUCUCCUUACUGUUCCUCAGCUCAUGGCGUGGGGUCGCUGCUCCACGUGGAAAGGCUUUAACCCUGUGCCUGUGUACGGGAUGCCUGAGAACGAGCCCUGUUCGUACUUCACCAUCGGCAAGGCCAAGGCCAGCACCCUUAGUCUAACAGUGUUGGUCGUUAUUGAAAUGUUCAAUGCAUUUAAUGCCCUCUCUGAGAAUCACUCCCUCUUGCGUAUGCCGCCUUGGGCAAACCCGUACCUACUCCUGGCGACUGCUUCUUCCCUCAUCGUUCAUUGCGCCAUCCUGUACAUCCCCUUCCUUCGCCGUGUCUUCGGUGUCGUAGAGCUUUCGGCGAUGGACUGGGUGUAUGUAUUACUUUGGUCCUUCCCGAUUAUUAUCCUUGACGAGUUCCUGAAGUUCCUCGGCCGUCGUCACUUCGCUCAGCAGCGCGCUGCUGCUCUCAAGGGUGGCAAGAAGGAAUGA